UAGCCAAAGCAGAAAUGAAUGUAAAUUUAUUUCAAAUAAUUAUUUGUUUGUUUGAAAGUUGUUAAAGGUUGUUUAAAAAAGUCUCACAGCGACCAGCAUCCCGGCAUGCGUUGCGGUGGAUGACGCAAUGCUCCCUGUCUCAAUUCUGCAAUUAUUUGCACACUUGUUUACUACGCACUCGAAGCCUUACAGCAAGUGCACUUUGCUGAAGACCGCAUGGCGCAGUGCGAGUAUUGAGAUUGGGUCCAUGUCCGCAUCAACGUGGACCUUGGUGAAGGGUAUUACCCAUAAUCCAUUGCUGUGUGGGAAUUUUUAAAAGAAAGCGAAGCAAAGACUCAAUUGCCUUUUCUGAAGAUAUGUAUUUUCACAUGAAAGAAGUUCAUUUUAAGACAAUUAAUGCUAUUUAUUCAUGGAAUGGAUGUUUUAGACUAAAAGUUCAUGUGAAUGGCAAUUAGUUUAAAAAUUUUCAAAUAAUUGUUUGAAAAUUGUUUAAGAUUUUUUUCAAAGUAGCACAAACCGCGAGCAGCUUGUCGGCGCGCAUUGCAGUCGAUGACGCAAUGCUCCCUGUCCCAAUUCGACACUUUUGUGUAGUACACACUCAAACUCAGAGUUACACACCUCUUAAUGCAAAUUUAAAACAUUCAAUGUGAAAAACAUAUGAACAUUUAACACUUGGGGGGAAACAUCAAAUCAAAUCAUGCUUUUAUUUUGGCACAAACAACUAGACAUGUAAUCCUGCAGACUCACUGAAUAACCAAAGCCCUGAAAUGUUUGACUUUGAUAGAUUUGUUUGUCCAUUCUGCAGAUUUCUGUUUACUUAGGCAGUAGCGGAAGUUUUAGGACAUUCCUGCACUGACUCCAUCCUCUGGGCUCAUUAAAACAUAAGCUCCAGUCAUAAACAGAAGGACUAAUCUUGAGAGGAGAACCUUUGAAUGCAGACUUAUAAAACAAAGUGAGUAAGGACUCAAACGGUUGGAGCAUGUUUCCACCUCUGUGCUGGAUCCGGAAGUCCCUCUGCUGCCGUCCAGGCUGCUGCUCUCUGCACCAACAGGAGGUGCACUCAUGUUUAACUGCAGCUGUUGGGACCAUCCAGAUCAUGGUGGGUGUGUUUAACAUCGGGCUCGGACUGGGAAGAACCAGCACUCGCCCUGGAGAUUUCACCAGCCUGGGAGCUGCUUAUUGGCUGGGAGCAGUGUUUAUUGUAACAGGAAUCGCGUCCAUUCUAGCAGGCCGGUUUCCUUCUUCAUGCUUGAUGGGCUUCACUGUGUUCAUGAACAUCGCUGGUGCUAUCUUCUCCAUCACUGGCCUGGUGCUGUACGCCGUGGACCUGGGAGACGCUUCUCUGCUCUGGGUAUGCGACCGAGAUCCUGAUGCUGAUCUUCAUGAUGACAACUGCAGGAGCGUUGCCCUCUUUGAUCAGAAUUUGCUGACAUCCAUGGACAAAACGUUGACCUUCCUGGCUGUUCUUCUGCUGUUUGACAGGUUAGAAUUUAUCCAUCCAUCCUUUUUCUGCUGCGUAUCCGGAGUUGGGUCACGGGGCAGCAACCUAAGAAGAGAGGUCUAGAUUUCUCUCUAGAUCGACCGGCAUAUCAAGAGCUUUGCUUUCUGGGUCAGAUGUCUCUUCACCAUGACAGACCAGUACAAAGCCUGCAGGACUGCAGACACAGCAUCAAUCUGACUAUCGAUCUCACGCUCCAUUUUUCCUUCAUUUAUAAACAAGACCCCGAGAAACUUAUCUUGUCAGCAACUUGUCAGCUGGGGCAGGGCCUAGGCUUAGUUUUGUUUUUAGGAUAAUCUUAUUAUUUUGUGACUUUAUAAUUGUUUUGUUGAUGUUUGUGAUCUUUGUUUUUGUGAUAACUUGCUAUAUUAAUAAACUUUACAUUGUAUGUGG